GUACAAUUUCAUUGGCUUGUGGCAAACGAGGGUUCGAAAUUUAAAAAUGGUUGACAGCUUGUUGAAACAUGCAGAAAAUUUUCCGGUUCUUAGCUGCAUGAACAGACACAACUAAUUCUAUUAAACUAGAUGAGUUGGAGAUGAAACAUGCAUGAACCCAGCAAGGAAAAGUCAUGUAAACCUUCAAAGAUUCUGGGAGGGACAGCAGAGUCUUUUAUACCCCACGGGCAAGUACAGAAAAUAUCACAGGAGGGCAGUAAAAGUACAUAUAUGAUUAUCCUUAGAAAGGAUUGCAUGAGCUCAAAUUUAUCAGAUAUAAAAUCAACAGGAUCAGGACAAGGUGCAAGCACUUUUCAGGAUUAUUGCGCAACAGUGGUUGAGGAGCCAAGAAAAUCCAAGCCUAAAGUUUGUGACCGGGAAAUCGAUUCCCCAGCUGAAAGCGAAAUUUUGUUGAGUAGGAGAAAGCCAUGUCACAAGCCAGAGGACGUCAAAUUAAACUUGUCAAACAUUGAUGAUGAAGAGUAUGACAGUAAUCAGAGUGCUAGCAGUGUAUUCCUUCGACAAGAGUCUGGCUAUGUUGGUCAGGAUUCUGGAAUAGAGACUGAUAUUUUUACUUAUAAUUUUGCGCGUGUCAGUGACAAAGGUGCAAUGAAUACCUAUUUCUUGAAGUCUCCUGUGUCUGCACCGCAGACAAGAAAGCCAGCCAUAGAGCAACAUCCAUUACCAUUGACUUUACAAGAUAUUGGCUUUGUGAGGCCAACAACUAGUGACAGGCAAUCUGCUGCCAGGAAAAUUGUUCUUGUAACUCCGACAGCAGCUGACGGUGUAACUAAAAGUGUUCUCAAAAAGUCCGUGACCUACACCCAUGAUGCUGUGCCAGUGAUUGACAAGUCAUCCAACCCAUUUCUUACACCUGCCACAUUACUGCCAAAAAACAAUCCCAAAGCGGUGCCAACAUUCAGCAAUAUUUCACCAAUUAACCAGCAAUUUGUAAGGCCACUUACCAGCAGAUUUAUACCAAUAAGUCCUGCAGAUUCAUCCAGUCACUCUACCUCAGCAGGGCCAUUAACAUCUACACCAAUAUAUAUAGAGGCCAAACGGCGAGCACAUAGCAAACAGGACUCGGACACCCAUAGACCUGUGUACAUCAUACCAUCGCCAUUUACUCGUCAAAACACACAUUUUCUUACACAGCAUAGUUCUUCCCCUGUGAAUCCUGUUUAUACGCCAAAUUUAAAUAACAGUUCAGGCUUCAUCAGUGGCAGUAGUAGUUUGGAGACCCCUGAAUCAUCAUGGUCCUUUGAACAAACAAAUGUCUGGAGCUCAGACCCGGUAAAUAAUGGAUCAUAUAACGUGGAUAGUAGCAAUGAAGCACUUGAACAUGUUCGUCUUAACAGGAAGUCAAGCCUGGAAGUUACAGAUGGCUCAGGUGGUGUGGUCAUUAGUAUGGACAAUGAACUGGAAAGUCUGGAUCUUGGUAUGGAAUCGCUCACCAGUUCACAGGAAUCUUCUGAUAAUGGAGAGAGAAGCAGUGGCAGCGUGCUUAAUCGCUCGCUGACCAACAUUCAGUGGUUGAAGGGCAUGCAGCUGAAGGAGAAGGAAGAGCAGGCAGCCCAGUCCCAGCCCAACCCCUACCAGAAUGUGCAGUGGACACUGCUCUCCAGAGAGGAAAUUGCAAAGAUCUGUGGAGAGUUCCUUGAAGAGAAGCGUCCCCCAUUCUCCUACAUGGCUCUCAUUCAGAUGGCUCUGUGCAGCCAGCCGGACCGCAGGAUGAAGCUCAAGGAAAUCAAUCAGUGGAUUGAGAACACAUUCCCCUACUACAAGCAGAAUGAGCGUCAGGGAUGGAAGAAUUCAAUUCGUCACAACUUGUCUUUGUACAAUAUCUUUGAACGAGAGAAGGGCAAGAGACAUGGCUCCUAUUGGACACUCAAGUCAGAUGUGGAGCCCAAGACGAAAUCCUACAUGAAGCUUAAGCCCUCAAAUGCAGAGACCCCUGACGUGCAACGGUCAACGCCUUCCCUGCCCUCUCAGAUUCCCCUGAUCCCCCUGCACACCUCAGGGAGUCAGUUGUCUGCCAUAACACCCCAGGCCUUCCAUCAAUCACUCAACCUGCCCCUCCCCAUGUAUUGUAACUCAAAGAAGAAAGGCCCCCCUCCCAUUCUUCCCCGCCCCACAUCUUCCAAUUCAGCGCCAUACCCUGCCCCCCAGACGUACCACCUGAUCCCCCUGGGCAACAUGGGCGAUGCAUUCAGCCCCUUGCAUGCCUCAGGGCACAUGUACUUCAACCUCAGUGGCCACACCUCUGCCUGCCCCAGCCCAAUCAUCUCGGAAGUAUCGGCAGCUGUUGCCUCCAUCCAAGUGUCUAGCGCCAGCCCUGUCCCCCCUGAGCAAUACUGUGAUCCUGCCUCGCUCAGCCAAGAGCAUAUCUACACCAAGAAGUCUGCCAGCAUAGUCAAACAGGCCUGGAUACAUAGUCAGACUAUGGAGUCUGCCUCCUCUGUCGACAGUGACAGUCUGCCUAAUGAAACAGCCAGUUCCAGUGAUGUGGCAAGUUCUGCCGAGCUUAGUGGCGCUAGAAACAAUACCAAGCGCCCCAGAGUGAGGCCUGGCCUGCCAAAACCAAUGAUGUAUAAGAAUGAAGCUAAUAAUAAGCAUGCCAAAGUGCCUGGAUCAAAGCGUAGGAAGCUGAAUGCCAAAGAGCUGCAAGAGAUGGAGCUAGAGAGUUCGGAUGAUGAAGAUGGAAGUAAGUUUAUUUCAAAACUAGAGAAAGAAAUCCUGUCCUGCACCUAUGACUCUGCUGAUAAUGAAGACGUUAUUGAUGAAUUGCUAACAACGUCUACACCGGCUGUCAAGAAGAGAAGGCCCCUUGACAUCCAGUCAUCUCCAAUCCACUCCAACACUCCAAUCAAAGGAACGCUCUUCGAUGACAGCUUCUUAGAUUCUCUUGGUGAAAAGAAAGGCCUCUCACCAAGUUUUUCCUCAGAAUACACAGAAAUGAAAGCCAAUGAUUGUCCCAUGUCUCCCCUGUUAGAUUUCGAAGCACUGCCCUUUUGCUCUCCUGAUAAAAUGCAUGAUGGUCCGGGCCACGAAGACAACCCAAAUCUUUCUCGAAUUCUCAAUGAACUGGAUGAUGUGAACCCGGAAACUUUUCCAAAUCUUAACUGGAGUGUCAUCCAACAGAUGGUGGACAGCAUGGAUACUACUGAAUCUCCUGAUGAACAGAUAUAGGCACUUGGUAUCAGUAUUGUUAACAGUAUUUGUGAAACCAGUACUGGUUUACGCUACAAAUGUUUAAAAAUAAUUCAGCUGUCAUAUGUUAAGCACGCUAUUUAUUUUAUUCACAUGUCUUUGAAUGUUGGUUUUAAAAUCUAUACAAUUGUUUGUUUGAUUUGGAUUUGGUUGUGAAAAUAUUUAUUGGUAUGAUUGCUUUCGGUAGGCUUGUACAUUUAUAGUGUUGAAAUAUAAAAAAGCAUUUACAUGGAAACUCAACUGCCGUCUUGAGAAUUUAUCACCCAUCUUGAGAAUUUACUUAAUCAUUCAGUAAAAAGGAAAUCCAGCAAUGUUCAAUAUAAUAAAAGUUCCUUGUUUGCUAAUUGAAAACAGUAAUGCAUUAUAUUUAAACAUAAUCUCAUGAUAAGUAGAUCAAAUAUAUUGUUUACAAUAUACCCCGCCAUAGGCGGAGGGAUAUUGUUUUGGCGUUGUCUGUCCGCCCGUCCUUCCGUCCGUCCGGCACUUUUGUGUCCGGAGCCAUAUCUUGGAAAUUCUUUGGCAGAUUUCAUUGAAACUUGGUAUGAGUAUAUAUAUGGAUUAGAGGAUGAUGCACGUCGAAUGGCAUUGUACACCAUUGAAUAAUAACGGAGUUAUGGCCCUUUAUAUUUUGAAAAAAUGCUUUUUGUGUGUGUCCAGAGCCAUAUCUUGUGUCCAGAAGUAUAAUGGCGGGGGAUAUCAAUUCAAUGAAUUUGCUUGUUCAUAUUCUACUUACAUUGAUCAUUUUAUUGUCAUACUAUUAAACUAUGAAAUUUAUUUUGUGAUAUUUAUAGAUCUUCUUGUUAUUGUUUUAUUUGUUACCUGUGUGCUUGUAAGUAUUCUCAUUUGAUUUAUAUAGUUUGCUCAUGUUUUUGGCUGGGGAUAUUUUUCAAAGGCACACUUGUUUUGUUGGAACAAACAUUGUAUUGUGUAUUAUAUUGUUGCCAAAUAAUGCAUACACACAUAUAUAAAAUAGCAUUUCAUGAUAUCACAUCGAUGAAAAUGUGCUCAGCAUAGCCAUACACAUAGGCUAGACCUGUGUAUCCCUGUUUUGGCACUUGACUGUGAUAUAAAAAAAAACGUGUAUAUAUAAAAAAAGUAUAAUUCAGUUCGUUCCUUCUGUCUGUUUGUCAAAGAAGAUCAAAUAACUGGUUUGUAACAAAUGCUACCUCCACAAACAACCUGUUUGUCAGAAAAAGUACAUUUAUCAGCCCCAAAGAUUAAACUAAUUUUAUUAAUGAAUUAACCAAUUUCAGUGAUAUUGUUUUAUUUAUAAUAUACUGACAGACUUAAAUGUCAAGCCCUUUACUUGAUGUAUGAAUUGAGUUCCAUAUGUGUAGUUAAGUAUUUGACAUGCACUCUACUGCCAAGUUGUUGUUAUGAGUGAGUCAGCACAUUGUUUUUAAAAAUAGCUUGGGAUAGUUGUUAUACUAUACCAGCUGUUAGUGUACAAUUCAAGACUAAAGAUCCAAUAUUCCAGGCUAAAAAUAUUUUAAGUAAAAUAACUUGAGGUAUUCUUUAAAAUGGAACAGUAUUAAAUUAUAUUAUAUUUUCAAGUACAAUUCAUGCACUUCUUCACUCUACAAAUACUUGAAGUAAAUUUACAAAAGAAUACUUAAAUUGAAGUAUAUUCAAAGAAUAAUUAUUUGCUGGUACAUAUAUCUACUAGUAUUAAACAAUCUUCUGCUGAAAUGUAUUUUUAAAUGUACUUUUGAGCAUUUUUCGGCACCAUUUCAUAGUUUCAAGUAUUUGAUAACACCAGGUACAUGUACGCAGGCUAUAUUGGAACAUUUGGGUAUUUCAUCUGUGUUCAAAUUUAAUGUUUGUAACAUUGUCGUUUUAAAGACAUAAAUUAUGCCAAGAGAAAAAUAUCUUAUGUUAUUGAUGUAUUUGUAUAAAGAUCAUAUCUGGAAAAGUUCUGGAUAUUGGAAGUGCUGGUGCAGCAAUUUUGACAGUGUUGUUGAUUGAUAGUGGUAUUGAAUUGUCCAGUUGCUGGAUCUCGUAUAAGAAUAUUAAUUUAAAUCCAUGGAAACAGAAUCAAAGCAGUGCUUUGCGCUCAUUCAUGUAUUAACACCAAAAAUAAGUGUUCUUGGUAUUUUUAAAUAAUAAUUAUUUACUGUUAUAAUCAAUCGCCACUACUACAUAACGGAUAUAACAAUUCAAUAAAAUUGUAAGAGUUUAUGAUUUCUUUUUAAGUUAGACUAUUUGAGUCGUGUUCUGAGAAAACUGGGCUUAAGGCAUGUGCGAAAAGUGUCGUCCCAGAUUAGCAUGUGCAGUCCGCACAGGCUAAUUUGGACGACACUCUGCUUUUAUGACAUUUUUCAUUUAAAGGAAGUCUCUUAGCAAAAAUCCAAUUGAGGCGGAAAGUGUCAUCCCUGAUUAGCCUGUGCGGACUGCACAGACUAAUCUGGGACGACACUUUACACACAUGCAUUAUGCCAAGUUUUCUCAGAAUGCGACUCAUUUAAUAAAAGUCUGCUUUACUACUCGACCAAAUGUUGACGUCUGUGUAUUUCUCUGGUAAAGGUUUAUUUGCAUCAUCGCCAUAGGUAUAUGUGCACAUCUCCAUAUCACUGUAUGAACUACAGGUAUUCCAUUUAAAUUUAAAACAAGUCCUGGGGCAUUGUGUGAUGUCACUGACAAAGUUUCAUUCAAAUGAACUGCAAUUGAGUAAAAUAAUGACCCUUAACACUAAGAAAUUUGAUUAAGGUAAAUGUUUAACACAUAUCCAUAUUACUACAGGUAUUAAAUUAUAACUUCAAAUGUGUUUGGGGUCAUCUUCUGAUGUCACUGACCAAUUUCUAUAACUCUGACCUGCAAUUUAGCAGAAUCUUUGUUCUCCAAAAGAACAUGAUCAAUAAAAGGGAAAAAAAUUG